ACUGAUACCUGCUGAAAUCGUGGUGAGAUUUGGAGAUCCAACCUCAGCUACCUGCAAUGCAUCAACCAAGGAUCUUAUAUCAAUGGGCUGGGAAGCCACAAAGGGGGGCAAGGCGACUAACGAAAGAGUAAUCACCUGGACAGUUGAAAAAGUGGACAGCUGGGACGAACAACCUUUGUGCUACAUUAAUGUGAAAGAAAAACAGUGCACUAAGGCGCUAAACAUCAUUCUUUAUAAGACUCCAGAUAAUGUGUUAGUCUCUGCGAUGGAUCCAGGCCCGAUGGUGGAGGGCAGAGAGUACCGGCUAAAUUGUUUCAUCACCAAUGUGGCUCCUCUGGAGAAGCUCAAACUGAUUUGGUACCGCGGCGAUGAAACUAUGCUCUCACGAGUGUUUAGCAACACCACGAAGACCCCAACAAAUGUGUCCUUUGACUUGAAAGUCACUCCCAACAGAGCUGACAACAGAGCACAUUUCAGAUGCGCGGCUGAGCUACACCUUGGACCAAAUGGACCAGCGCUUGUCCCAACUGUAACUUCAUCACCUUACGAGGCCGUUGUGCACUAUGCCCCUGUGUUCAACGGAAGUAACAGUGAGGAGGAGGUGAACGUGAUCUCGGGUGACAACGUGACCUUAGACUGCAGUGCUGAUGGCAACCCUCAUCCUGAGAUCACCUGGAAGUCCAGCGCUGCGUUGAAUGUGAUGGUGACCACCAGGGGGCGCCAGAAGAGUAUCAUUGUCACAGAAGCCACGUCGACCAAUGCUGGUUCUUACGUCUGUGUUGCCAGGAAUGUAGUUGGGAAUGUGGAUAAAACUGUCAAACUGGUGGUGAAAGAUCGGCCCCAACUCAAAGCAAAAGGUGGAACAGUAAUUUGGUGGUUUCUGAUUCUGUUGAUCAUCCUCCUCAUCCUCAUCCUCGCCAUCUAUGUCCACCUCUCUAGAAGACAAGGAAGAUAUACUUUUGUCCCAAAUGAAGCCAAUCAGGAUCCAGGUAUCCCUAUGACUCCCCAGACUAACGGGGUCUAAGUUUAGGAUACCCAGCAUGCUACUUUCUGAAUCAAUCAGCCUGGAGAAUGAAAACUUAACCAGGUCCUUUGUCCUGCAUGACAAUAAUCACAUGUACAUAUUGAAUUUACAUUUUAUGUUUGGUAUGGUACGAUUUUAGAAUGACAUCAGCAAAGACUGAUGUAAAAAUAACUAAUUAGGAGCAGUGGGUUUGCCAAGAUGUGCUACUGACAAAGAAGGUGCAUUUAAACAUCUAACCUAGCUUUUUGUCAAAUUCUUAAUACAGUUACACGGUAGCCUGUGUUAAUGUGUUGUAUGUGUAUGUGGAAACUGUGUAUAAGCUACUUUGUGAUCAUCUUUGCAUUGUAGUUCUCUUGAAAUGUUGGUCACAUUAAAGUAACAUCUUUGUACAGCUACAUACUAAACUCUCA